GGACGGACGAGAAGGCCGGCGGUCUCGCCACCAUUAGCUGCCGGUGGUCAGAUCUGCAGGGCGAGUGAUCUCUUGGCUCUCCUGACCAAUUCACUGCCUAGACACAUACAUAUGUAGUACUACAUCCCCAAGUACACACUAUACACGGUACACACCGCCCAGGCCUGGAUACGAUUUUUUCACGGCCCUGUUUGCUCUCCGACCCUAUACAUUCCUUCCUUACGCGUUGGUGUCUUGUGGGAACUUGGCUUCAUCCACAGUACCGAGUCUCCUUUCCCCGCAGACCCUGCGUUAUCUUCGCACGCACGUUGCCUCUCGAGUACACAAACUAUAUCCAUCCGCGCAUCCGCACCACAUUCCUCCAACACGUCGCCCACCGCUCUACGGCCCUGAAGACACGGCUACCUGUCCUCGACCGCCACAAUGCCUGGCCGCACCCUCCCGACCAUUCCGACUGCUGAAGUGCGCGCCCACAACACCGACAAGUCGUGCUAUGUUACAAUUGGCACAAAAGUCUACGAUGUCACAGACUUCCUCGAUGGCCACCCUGGUGGUCCUGAGCUCAUUCUCGAGUAUGCAGGCAAGGACGUCGAGGCUAUCUUGAAAGAUGAAAUCUCCCACGCACAUUCCGACUCGGCAUACGAGAUUCUCGAGGAGAAUCUCGUCGGCUUCAUGGCUACCGAGUCGGUAAUUAAUGGUGCCGUGAAAAGCUCAAAGCCUGCCGACAUCAUCCCCUUGCCUCCUUCGCAAGCUGGCACACAGGAGCUCAAGGCCAUGUCGCAGGAUGGUAAACCGCUGUACGAGGCAACUGGAAUGUCUUCUGAGGAAGACUUGUCAAAAGAGACGGACCCCAACAAAGACUACAAGGAGCAUAAGUUUUUGGACCUCAACAAGCCACUUUUCAUGCAAGUCUGGAAUGGCGGAUUCAACAAGCAAUUCUAUCUCGAGCAAGUCCACCGGCCGCGGCACUACAAAGGCGGCGAUUCCGCCCCACUAUUUGGCAACUUCCUCGAGCCCUUGAGCAAGACGCCCUGGUGGGUUGUUCCCACAAUAUGGUGGCCCUGUGUAGCGUACGGAACAGCAGUGGCUUAUGGCGGGCUACGAUCGGUGCCUGAACUGGCGGGCUACUGGAUCUUUGGCUUGUGUUUCUGGACGAUCAUUGAGUAUGUCCUGCACAGGGGGCUGUUCCACUUGGACGACCACCUUCCAGACAACCGUGUUGCAAUUACCCUCCACUUCAUCCUCCACGGUAUCCACCAUUACCUUCCUAUGGACAAGUACCGCCUUGUAAUGCCCCCUACGUUAUUUACUGCUCUAGCAACGCCAUUCUGGUCUGUCGCGCAUGGUAUCAUCUUCUGGAACUGGCAUGCUGCUGUGGCUGCCUUCUGCGGCGGUGUCUUUGGAUACACAUGUUACGAUAUGACGCACUACUUUCUCCAUCACCAAAAGCUUCCUUCCUACUACCAGCAGCUCAAGAAGUAUCACCUGAAGCACCACUUCGCCGACUACCAAAACGGCUUUGGUGUAACAAGCCGUUUUUGGGACUGGGUAUUUGGCACCGAACUCGACAUGGGACCUACCAAGGUCAUCAAGACUAACUAAUUAUCGAAAUGUGACUACGCAUCAUUACUGUCCCCCUUUGGUUGACACUAUUCAUGAAGACUGGCAUUGGGAGGCGUUGAACAGGUUGCAAGAUCAUUUUGGAUCGCUUACACUACUGGCUGCUGGUACUAUGCUCACGCUACUCUAUCAAGCAGUAUCUAUGUAGAAAUAAUAUUAAUGUUCAAUAAGACCUGUGGUUUUAAUCCGCACAUGC